AUGACUAAUGUUUCGAAUGUAUUAUCUGUAUUGGAAAAACAAGAAGAAGUACUUGUUAAAUCCUUUCAUGAGGGUAGCGAAAAUACAACCACAACAGUAGAACGUGGAAAGAUCCUCUCACGGAUGAAUCGAAUCCUAUUUGAUUAUCAAAUUGGUGCUGAAACGAACUCAUCGAUGCUGGGGUCAGUUUUAAAUCAGAAAGUUGUAUUAUUCAAUCCUGAGACGAAACAAAAAGUGCUCGAACUAUCUUAUAAUCGUUUUCCUUUCUUGUGCAAAGUAUUUCCAAAACAAUUCGUACGAUGUGUGUCGGCUUCAUCAACUGAAUCUCAAUCAAUUGGAUCUAUUCAACAGAGAAUAGGUCUCAGUAGAUCAUGUUAUGAUGUUUAUAAUAGUCAAUACGAACAUACUUAUACUUUAAUACUGCGCAAAAGCUAUCUGAGAAGUAAAAUUCAGCAUCGAAUGUCGGAAUAUGAAAUAUUAGACCAAAAUAAAACAAAUAUAAUUGGUCGUAUUUGUCCAUUCUCUACCGACAUUGAAAGAUCACAGUACGGACAAGCGACAUCAAUCAAAUUUCCACAAGAUAUGACUAUGGAAAUGAAAGCAACAUUAGUGGUUGCCGUACUCGUUCUUAAAACUCGACUCCAUUAA